GAUUUGGCGGUUCAACUUCAAGAUGGCCGAGGCGAGUAACCUAGCUGCGGGCGGUUUCUAUGAGGAGAGCGGGCCUGAGGGGUCGCUUUCUGAACCUGUGCCACUUGGAGCUACCAUUUCGAGGGUGAAGCUUCUCGACACCAUGGUAGACACUUUUCUCCAGAAGCUAGUCGCCGCCGGGAGCUACCAGAGAUUCACUGACUGUUACAAGCACUUCUACCAGUUGCAGCCUGAGAUGACACAGCGAAUCUAUGACAAGUUUAUAACUCAGUUGCAGACAUCUAUUCGGGAGGAAGUCUCAGAAAUCAAAGAGGAAGGGAACCUGGAAGCUGUCUUGAAUGCCUUGGAUAAAAUUGUGGAAGAAGGCAAAGCCCGAAAGGAACCAGCCUGGCGCCCCAGCGGGAUUCCGGAGAAGGACCUGCAUAGCACCAUUGCACCCUAUUUCUUGCAGCAACGGGAUACCCUGCAGCGGUGUGUGCAGAAACAGGAGGCUGAGAACCGGCAGCUUGCAGAUGCCAUUCUGGCUGGGCGCAAGCAAGUGGAGGAGCUGCAGCGCCAGAUCCAGGCCCGGCAGGAGGCCUGGCAGGCUUUACACAGAGAACAGAGGGAGCUGCUGGCUGUGCUGAGAGAGCCUGAGUGAGGAGAUGGCUGGGCCCAGAAGCAGAGGGCAGUUAAGGUUGAGGACAAGGCCUGUGGUCCAGCACGCUGAGCCUGGGCAAGCAGCCUCUGAGGAUAGCUGAAAUGGUGCCCAGUUGUUAAGCAGUGAUAGAAUUUUGCAGAGAACCAGGCUGCAGCAAGCCCCACUGCCACUGUGCCUUUGGGGCUCCCUGGGGGUUGGUCUCACUCCCACCUCCUGAUUCCCUCGGAUUUUAAUAACUGUAGGAUUCUUGGCCCAGCUCCCACCCUGGGAGUUGAGCGCUCUGCUUUCUUUCCUCUUGGUUUGGGUCGGUUCUGCCACCCCUUCCUGCUGGUUCCUGAGUCCUCCCAGUGAUGGGCUUGGAGAAUCUGUUUUCAAUCUGCACUGAUUGCCCCCUUGCUGGCCAGCCCAAGGGCUGGUACCAUAUUCUCCCCACAUCCAUAAAUAAACUUCCUCCUAUACACUGUAA